ACCCUGAGUUCAGUCAGCACAGCACUAGGGGAUGGAGUAAGGGAGGGAAAGCAUGGAUCCCAUUGAAGAAAAAAGCAAACCGGUCGACAUUUAUCGCGACACAUGGGUCCGCUUCCUAGGUUAUGCCAAUGAGGUCGGGGAGGCUUUUCGUGCUCUGGUACCUGUGAGCUUUGUAUGGGGCAGCUAUGCCGUGGCCACUGUGUACGUUACUGCUGAUGCUGUGGACAAAGGGAAGAAAGCAGCUGUGGCCCACGGGGAGAACCCAGGGAGGACGACACGGGUAGCGGUGGCAGUGGUGGACACGUUUGUGUGGCAGGCCCUCGCCUCUGUGAUCAUCCCGGGCUUCACCAUUAACCGUGUGUGCGCUGCGUCACUGUACAUGCUGGGCAGAACCACCAAGUGGCCCCUGCCCGUCCGCAAGUGGACGACGACAGCUAUAGGCCUCUCUACAAUCCCCUUCAUUAUCACUCCAAUAGACAGGUCAGUGGAUUUCCUGCUCGACUCGAGCCUCCGGAAGGUCUAUGGUGAGCAAGAGAAGCACAAAUAAGGACAGACCAUGCAGGACAAAUUGUCCCCGUCUGGGUAGAGACCAGUCCACUAUAUGUCGACCUGUGCUGGUUAUCCACCACUGUGAAGCACUACAGAAGUGUGAAGAAGAAUUUCACGGAGCAAGACUCCGCAGUUAGUCAGAGAUACAUAUAAUAAAAUCGAUUUUAUUUCAGAACUAUAACAUUUAUAUAAGUAAGUUAAGUUGCUAAAAGUGAAAUACCCUCAUGGGGAUCCUUUAACCUCUCAGGGCAAUCUGGGUAGCCACACCAAAAAACGCUUAAACAGGAAUGUAACAGUAUGACAUAUGUAAAUAUUCACAGUACAAUCCUGCUUUUUAAAGUAUUCUUUGGCAGGGAUACAGCAUGCUGUUAUAUUCCUGUGAGCCUUCUCACAGAGAAAGCCUCCGAGGUUGCCCUCACGGUUCAGAGCUGUGAGCUCAACUCCUGUCCAGAUGUCAAGGUGAUUUAAUACAAAUCUGUUAGCUGUGUUUAUAGCCAUAUGCUGUGGUACUGUAUUGACAGGCCAAAAAAGCCAGUUUGCCAUAAUAUCCCUCUUAUUCAGUACUUAUUUAAAGUUUGCAUUUGUUGUUUUGUUUUGUUUUGUUUCUGAAAACAAAGCUGCCUGUUACUUUGAAUAGCUGUUUCAAGGGUUUCUGAUGCUGUUUUUUAUUGUUUCAUUUUACCUUGCUUUUGGUUACGGGAGCCAAGGUUUGCAGUGGGGGCAUUUCUUACACCACAGUUACACUCUGUAUUAUUCUCUGUGGUAUAUGAUUCUCUUAAAGGGUGGGUCCAUCUGUUCAUUUACGGGUUUCUCAAAUUAAAACACUCACUCAGCUGUUAGCAAAACAAGGUAAAAUUGAUUUAUCAUGGUGUUCGCUUUUUAAAACAGUAACUGAAAUGGUUAGUUUGGAUUUGUUGAAGUGGGUUUGUAUAAGGUACUUAUCCAUAGUCAGUGUAAUAGUUUCACUGCUUUACUUUGCAGUGAGAUAGCCACCAGACUCCACUGACAAAAACAGUAAUUUUACCUGGCAGAACAAGGGAGUUGCUGUUCAACAGCUACCUCAAUCUGUUAGUUUGUUUGUUUUUUUGUUUGACUUUCAGAUCCAAACUCACCUGGCAUCUAUAGCCAGGUGAGUUUAGCUUCUGUGCUGGUUAGGGGGAUAGAGAAAUCUUGAUAAUUUGAUAGACUGAUAACACACAAAUCUCAAAGAGGGCUUGGCUCAGUCUUGAAAAGCCACAGGAAGACUAGGGGGGUUUAUAUGUAGCAAUGUCAUCAUGCAGAAAACUAAGUCAGGUCACAUGAGCUCCUAACUUAGGCUAAAAACUUUAAGUAAGGAGUCCUAACCUUGGAGUGAUUAAGGAAAGUUCUCAGUGCGACUCUGAGCAAGGAAGGGACAGAAACUUACCUGAGUUUGGAGGUGUGGUUGACCUCGUUGUUAGGUGAUGCAUUCUUUUAACAGAUGUGAUUGGUUGUCACAGCCAUGCCCCUGUGUGAGCCUGCAAGGUGUGGACACCCAGUGGAAAUGAGAUAAACUGCUGACUGUGAAAGUGUUGUCAUUAUUAGUGUGAUCACUCUGCUGAUGGAAGGUUGAGACAGACUCAAGUCAUCACUGCUGCACUGUUGCAAAUUUACAGUUUUCCAAAUAUCUUAUUACUGUGAUCAUUUUAUUUCUGGCGUUGGGUGGGAAAUGUGUGCGUACCCCUCAUGAGAUCAACCACACAUAUUAUCACUGCACUAUCUAAUCUGUAGCAUUUCAUUAACUCACUGUCAUCCAGCGUUUUGAGAAUAUUUUUCCGACCUCUUGGUGUUUCCACUAUUUUCUCCUUUGCUUAAGAAACUCUUAAACCCAUUAAAAGUCCUCCUUCCUACUCCAAACAGUUCUUCACCAUAGGAGCUCUUUUAUGGGCUAAGAUGCUCUGUGACUAACUUAAAUCUUUACAUGGACCUAGUCUUAAUUUUAAGGGGAAAUUCUAAGAAAACUUCACAAUGCUAAGAAUUUUCGUCACUAGUAGCAGCUCUUUGUACUAGGAAGCUCUGUAGAUAUGGCCACAGAAUAAUAUAAAAACCUUUAAAAAAAUGCAUGGACCCACCCUUUAAACUAAGAAAACUUGAAGUCACAUCAAGUAGAACUUCACAAGUAUUUUAACUAUUAAUCACCAAUAUCGAAACUGUCGUUUACGAAGUCUGUAGUCAGACAGUGUACAAUACUGUAAUUUCUGAAGUCUGAAAACGUUACACGUACAAGUUUCAGACAUCUGUAACUAAUGUAAACAUUUAAAUCUUAAAUCUUUCUAGCAUCAGCAGUCAAACUGCUUUGAAAUAUCAGUCCUAUAAAAAAGCUCUAAGCUUUGGUGUUAUAGUUUUUAACACUUUUUUCCUCAUUGUUGCACAAGUGUAGAUAUUUUUCAUCCAGCACAAGUACAUUAAAUGUAGUGUCUCAAACACUUGUUGAGGUCAGUGUUGCACCUAUGCAGAAAUGGUUUUAAGGGAUUCUUUCAGAAAUACACAGGUGCUGUACAUCUGUAUUAUUUCCAAUGCUUUUCUUCGAGGAGCCAAGUCAUAUACUGUGUCUCAUGCUGAGCUAUGCAAGGGAAACUUGGGGAAUUAUGAAUUACAAGGGAUUGUUUUCCCUCUUAAAAAGAACUUAUGUGGUUACAUAAUAUUGUGAGAUCAAAAGGGAAAUCUGAUGCUAAAUGUAGCUUGAAAUAUGGAUGAGUGUUCGUAAGAUAAAGAGGAACAUGCUGUGUUUUCUGUCAGUGAACACCAGUGUACCAUUCUAGCAAUAACUUUUGUUCUGUGUGUCUGUGUCACACCUUGUUCUCUUUGCUAUGAAGGAUGUGGUUGACUUUGUCACAGAGAGACAUAUGCUGAAAGACAAGAUUGUGAAAACUUGGGGUGCACCAUUAUGUCUUUAACUUUAUUUAAUAACCAGUUAGGUCACAAUGUACAAUGUCAUAUUACUGUUGUUUUAAAUGAUUAAAACACAUGUGUUCACUUUCACCUUUAGUGACUCAUUAUAGCAGGGAAAGCACGAGUGUUAGUAACACCAAAGUCAGAAGUCUACACGUAGUUUCUUUAAGUGUCCCAAUUAAUUGUGCAUAGUAACAUGGCUCUGGACUUGGGACACUUAAAUGUAAUCCACCCAUAAUUAAUUACACAUGUGCUUUUCCUGCUUUAAUAGACCUAUUGGUGCAUCCUUUGUGAAAAUCUGUAUAUUCAUACUUAUUUUUAACAUUUCAGAUUGUACACAGAACUCCAUUGUAUUUUUAUUGUUGCAUGCUGCAAAUGAAAAAAGGAACGGUUUACUUUUUUUUUGGUAACAUUUUUAAAGUUUCCUCAUGUGGCAGCGAGUUUGGAAGUGGGUUUUAUGAGUCAUACUUUCAGCCUUAACUGAAACAAAAGAUCAAACCUCAAACUUUGUUUUGUGUGCUGUGUAGUUCACAAUGUGGAGAUUUUUUUUUUUUUCCGAAUGUGAAAGCAACUGCUGAAAGCUCAAACAACUUCUGAAACACUGGAGAGAAAAAAAAAAUCUGUUGUGAAAUAAAUGAUGUAAUGACAAGUG